UUAAAGCUGCAGCGUCGACCCGCAUGGACGUCUUCCCUCCUCUGACCUUCUGCUGCAGAUCUUCUGGUUCUGGACCAGAACCUCCAUCAUGGCCUCCAUCAGGGAACGAGCCGCAGCGUUGCAGCUCGCGGAGAAGCUGCGCGUGAGGCCUCCAGUUCCUGCAGCAACCAUCACCAGGCCUUCAUCAUCAUCUUCCUCCUCUUCUUCAUCCAUGUGGAACCUCCUGAUCUCCAACCUCAGAUCUUCGGUAACGGUGAAACGAAGACGAGUCCAUCUGAAAUCUCACAGCGACUGUUUUGUAGGAUCUGAAGCCGUAGACGUCCUGAUGGAUCACAUCGGUCACAUGAAGGGAGUCCAAGGGCCGGACGUCCGUCGGGAUAAAGUGGUUUUGGUCUGUCAAUGUUUGCUCAACUGCAGCGUCUUCGAGUCGGUCGGAAGCAAAAUGUUUGGAAAAGACAAGAAGCAGGACGAGUUCCAGGACAGUAAGAAUCAUUUAUACAGUUCAGCCAAAAAUCUUUUACAGAACUUAAUUUUGGGUCCCAAAUAUCAAAUACGUGAACAAAAUCUGGGCCCACUAUCUAAAACCUUCCCCUCGUCCCCCCAGACGGUGUUGAUGGACCAGGUCCGCUUCCAGGAGAUGCAGCAGGAGGCCGAUCAGCUGGUUCUUCUGUCCUCUGUGCUGCUCAUCGUCUACACCACGGCAGGAGAAGCCAUCUCAGGCCUGCCGGGUCUGAUGGAGACCCUGAAAAACACCGUCAGCGUCAUGCUAGCAGACAUGCACUCACCGUCUUUUAGUUUACAGGAUGCUUUAGCGACCGUCGGGGAGAAACUGUGUGUUGAACUGAGUCAGUGUCUUAGUCAGCAUGGAUUCUCUCCGUUCUCAGCUGACAGAAGCAGCAUUUUGAAGGGACAAAUCUCAGCCACCGUCCAACCCGACAACAAAGUCCGCAAGCUGAUGGAGUCUCGGGUUCAGAGCUACCUUUUAGCUUCUCUGGAGUCGAGUCAACAUCAGACUCCUCCUCCUCUUCCUGGAGGUUUGGUUCCGGUCAGCCGGGAGUUGAAGGAACUCGCCGUUCGCUUCAGUCGCCUCGUCAACUUCAACAAGCUGGUGUUCUCUCCGUUCUACCAGAAGAUCCUGCAGGAGAUCCUGACGUCUGGGGAGGUUCCCAGCAAAGAGACUUAAACACUGAAGGUUGAAAACAUUUGACCUAGAAUCAGAAAACAUCAGAAAACAUGUCUUCGCGUUCACUCAGUGUUGUUGAUUUGAUUAAACGUCAGACCUCAUAGUCGUGACCUUUGGAUGUCCAUCAGACAUAACGUUCAGCAUUACUAGCAGGUCUGGUCAUCAUUGGAAAUAGUUCGAUAUCUGAGCCGACACCUGUGAUUUAGUGUAGUUACCCUGCAGACUAUACACAGAAACUACAUAAAACCUUAGAGUAGGAGUCAAAUUUUAAAACAUUUAAGUCAAAAUAAGGUGAGAAAGACGACAGACUAGAGCCUGUAUUUAUCAAGUGUCUCCAAUAUUUAAUUAAUGCUCCAAACUCAGUAAAAAUCUCCUGUAUUUUAGUUACAUUUCCCAAGAAAUCGCAACAAGUCUACUUCCCUUGAUAUUUAAAGGUCCCAUAUUUUGCCCAUUUUUCUUCAAUUUAUCAAAAUCUGUCUUUUUUUUUUAAACUCAAAAUACUACAGAGGUGGUUGAUUUCACCACAGUUUCUGGUUUUAUUCCUGUUCUAAAUGGGCUGUUUCAGUGUCUGUAGCUUUAAAUGAGCUGCUUCUGGCCCCCCCCCCUUCAGGAAGAAGACUCUCUCUGCGUCUGUGAUUGACAACGUGGGGAAAAAUGACCACAUGGAACCUUUAAUUACAAACAAUUUUACAUCCAUCCAGGUGUCAUGCCAUGAAAGUGGUCCAAAAUGACAAACAAACUGAGAAAAUUGUCCAGGAAUUCCCUGAAUUGCUGAAGUGACUCAAAAAAAUGUUCAAAAUGACAGAGAAGUUGUCCAAAAUUACUCGAAUUUGUCUAAAAUAUCCUGAAAUUUGUCCAAACACCUGGAGUGGAACAGAGCACAUCCAUUAAAAGUUAGUCAAAAUGACAUGACAUUUUUUUUCAAAAAUUUAAUUGAAAUUGUCUUAAAUUUUUAAAAAGUGUCCAAAAAAAAAAAAAAAAAAAAUUGUCCACAAUGAUGCACAAAUUACCCAAAAAUACUCAAAAAUUGUAAAAAUGGCUCAAAAACGUCCUAAACGACUCCAGAAAAACCCAUGAAAGGUCCCAUAUUUUGCCUUUUUUCAGUAAAUUUAUCAAAAUCUGUUAGUUUUUUAGCUCAAAAUACGACAAAAUUUUUUGAUUUUGCCACAGUUUCUGGUUUUAUUCCUGUUCUAAAUGGGAUGUUUCAGUGUCUGUAGCUUUAAAUGAGCUACUUCUGGCCCCACCCCCUUCAGGAAGAAGACUCUCUCUGCAUCUGUGAUUGACAACGUGGGGAAAAAUGACCACAUGGGACCUUUAAUUACAAACAAAAAAUGGAACUUCACAUAACUUCAGUAUUUAAGUUAUUAAUGAUCCUCUGAACAGGUUUCUCCACAAAGAAAGUGUUUGUUUUUUUUAAAGUUUAUGUGUUUACACAAUGAAAAAAAAUGCAAAUUUAGCACCACAGCAUGACUUUUUAGACAUCUCCUUUUUGACAAAUAAUAAAAAUAUGUUGUUAAAAGUGAGAGAAAAAGCCAGAAAGCCAGAAAACAACAGAAAAACACAGAAAUGUAGCUCCAAUAACCUCUAAAUACACAGAUAAACAAACCGUGACUACAUGAUGCCAUGAAGUUCAAGAUAGAAUAAGAAACAUCUUUAACUGUAGCCUAAAAACUGACAAAGAAGAUGGUGAUUUCAGUGUCGUAUGCAAUAAAUGUCAUCAUCUAGAAGCUCUAAAUGUAACAAAAUGUGUGUAUGCAUCAAUCCUGGAGCCUGUUUAGAUACAGAAAGAGUUAAUAAAGCUAUUAAAAUGCUUUUAGUUCAUAGACAGAACGUACUUCUACCAUGAGACAUUUGAUAAAUACAGAUCUUAACCAUAUAUUCAGUAUAGAACAGUUUUAAACUUGAUGCUGCUUUUUAAUUCUAAGCAACAGUUUGCUCUCAAGCUGAAGAGAAUAAACAGACGGCUGCAUGUUGUGAUUUACUCUGGAACUGUAGAAGAAACCAGAAUCAGAAAGCCUUCAAUAAUCCCUGCAGGGACAGAACACUUUAUAACAGCUGCUCAAAUAUGUGGAAGCUGCUAAAAGAUACAUGAACAGAAGAAAGCAGCGAGGUCAGAUUUAGUUCAGGGUUUACUUAUUUAUGAUUUGGAACCCAAAACUGAGUUCUGUGAAAUAUUUGGGAUGCAUUUUGAGAGUUUUAGAGGUUUCAGACCAGGGUUCAACGUCUCCAGAAAUAAAACUCCAGCAAUCAUGAAAUGUGGUGAGAACUCAGAGGAUAUAUUUUAAUUAUUGGUCUUUGAAAAUCGAGAAAGUUUUUAAAUAAUGGUGGUAUAGUGUCUCCAUAAAGUUCCUGUAAGUGUAUACAUAUGGAUGGAUCCAUGUUUCUACUAAAAUCCAGUCUUUGGUUGACAUUUCUCCAACUUCUGAGGCUUUAACAUCAGUAGAAUCUGAUGUGUUAAAGUUUGACCAGACAAGGUUCCAGGUUUUUUUUUUUUUGCUAUUUUCACCAAAAACCUGUCAAAAUGAUUCAAAAUCAAUCUAAAAUAACUUGAAACUUGUCCAAAAUGACUAAAUAUUUGUAUUAUAUUUGGAUAUAUUUUGUAUAAUAUUUGAACACCAACAUCUAGACCUCUAUGAACACCAUCAUCUAGACCUCUAUGAACAUCUAGACCUCUAUGAACAUCUAGACCUCUAUGAACACCAACAUCUAGACCUCUAUGAACACCAGGUUCUGUUUCCUACCAAUGAGUCCACAUCAACAUUUAGUCUAAACGUCUAAAAACUGGAACCUUGUCUGGUCAAACUUUCCACAUAUCAGAUUCUACUGAUGUUAGAUCCUCAAAAGUUGGUGAAACGUCGACCAAAGACUGUAUUUUAGUAGAAACAUGGAUCCAUCCAUAGAUAUACACUUAAAGGAACUUUAUGGAUACAAUACAAACCUGGAUUGAAUAUUUUACACUUUUCUCCUUUUUAAGCACCAAUACUUUUUUCAGUCCUCUCUUGGAGCCAUUCAUUCUCUUAGAUCUAGCAGAGACUAUUCAGUCUGAGUCCUCAAUAAGUUUCAUGGAUGUUGGAGUUUAGUUUCUGGAGAUACUGAACCCUUAAAAUGGCUUCUCAGGUGAGAUGUAUUGGUGAGAGUGGAAAUGGAAUUCCUACGUCUGAAAAACAUGUAAAAUCCUCAACAUCCAGGCUACAUAUUUGACAGAUCACAGUUCUUGGUGAGACAGUGGAGCAACAUGUUUCCUGAAUUCUGUCUGAUCUGUGUUGGAGGGAAGUAAAAAUAACAAAAUAUUACAGAUAAAAGGAAAAUGAUCCAAAUAAAAGGUACUGAAGGGAAACCAGUCUGGUGUUAUGGACCAACUUGAACUGUAGCUGCUUUGAUUAGUUCAUUUUUAAACUCUGUUCACUUAUUUAUAACUUCUGUAUUUCAUUUUGUUCUGCUUUUGGGUCCAAUAUUCUUCAUGUGUGUUUUGUUUUUUGACUGAACUUACAACAGAGCUGGCCGUGACUUUAUUUCAUUCCCGCAGGCAGAAUGUCGUCGCCUGUUUCCUGAACUAACCACAUCCAGUGUUCACAUCCACCGUACUGAUAUCUGUCUUUAAAUGUUCAUCCAGCACACCAAUAAAACAUCGUUUGUCCCACACA